UUCAUGCAAUCGCGGGGUUCCCCAAUGUUAUUGGGGCAAUAGAUUGCACACACAUAGCGCUAAAAGCACCAUCACAGCACGAAUACAAUUUCGUGAAUAGGAAGGGGUUUCACUCCAUCAAUGUGCAGCUCAUAUGUGAUGCCGAUUUGAUGCUUUUAAACGUUGUUGCUCGAUGGCCUGGGGGAACGCACGACUCGUUUAUUGUGCAGAACAGCUCAGUGGGCAUUCGUUUACAAGAAAGAGCUGUUGAAGACGGAUGGCUUAUUGGUGAUCAAGGAUAUCCACUCAAACCGUGGCUCAUGACCCCACUAACCAACCCCCAGACACAGCAGGAACAAGCCUACAACCGGGCCCACGCGCGCACCAGAGUUACAAUAGAGCGCGCAAUUGGUUUGCUGAAGGGCCGAUGGCUGUGUUUGUCAAGGGCGGGGGGAACGCUGCAGUACCGACCUGAAAAGGUGUGCAGCAUGGUUAUGGCUUGCUGUGUGCUCCACAAUUUGGCCAUCAGAAGAGGAGUCCCCCUGCAGGAUCCCCCUAGACCUGAUGACCCCAUGCAUGACGAAGAGCGUUGCGAAGAGGGCCUUGCACCUGCUAAUGCUUUUGCGAUGCGGAUCAGAGCGGGGAUCAUACAGAGAUUUUAGGACCUCAUCAGUUAAUACCCUUGGUGCCCGAGCCUCAU